AUGUCGUCUGAUGAGGAAGAAAAUCCAAUAUUAGCAAGGCAUCGGAAGGAAAAAAAGGAACUAAGAGAAAAAGCAAAUUCUCUUAAAAAAACCGCAAAAUGCGGAAACAAGCAGAAACAAAAGGAAACGAAUGCUGAGAUUGCAAAAAUGGAAAAAGAAAUGGAAGAGCGGCAUAAGAAAGAGCUUGAAGAGCAGGUUGUGACGGUGCAGCCGCAACCUGAAGCAAAUGCUUUGAAACCAGAGGAUAUUCUUCCAGAAGAAGGAGAGUUUUAUAGGGAAGUCAAAAUUACUGGAAAGGCAGCCAAACGACAAGCUAAAUUAAAAGCAAAAGAAGAAAAAUGGAAAGAAGCAAUGAAAGCCGAUAAAGCAGCUGAGAAGACAUCGGAACGACAUUUGGAAAAAGAAUGUAUUUCCGAGAUUCUCAAAGAACAUAAGUUGGUUAUGGUCGAUAUUUCUGCCGACGGUGACUGUAUGUACAAUGCUCUUUCUCAUCAACUUGCCAAAAAUAGUAUUGAUAUAAAACCUGAUAAACUCCGAGAAAUGUGUGCAACUUAUAUGAAGAACAACGAAGAGGAGUUUAUGCCUUUUAUUGAAGCGGAUGAGCAUGGAAAUGUGAACUGGGAAAAAUAUCUGAACGGCGUCCGAUGCUUAGCAUGUGUUGGAGGAGUGUGGGGAGGAGAACUCGAACUUAAUGCCCUUUCGAGAUGCCUGAAGAGGGCGAUUGAGGUAUUCAAAGUCGACGGUAACCGCAUAUACGGUGAAGAAUUUAUGAACGAAGAGUUGAAACCGUUGCGAAUCGUUUAUUUACGUCGCGCUUACGCACUCGGUGAACAUUAUAAUUCGACGAAGAUGUUCAGGUUCAGUUUGUAUCUAUUAUUAGUAUUCGCGGUCGAAAAUAUUCAUACGUACAAAAAAUAUGCAAAGCCUAUAACGAUUAUGGAGCCCGAUAAGAACGGAGUAUAUGCUUAUGAUAUGAAUAUUUACAAGAAGCUCACAAUGAGUUAUAACAAUGACAAUGUAGCAAAGCAUGCAACUCCAGUUGACUAUGAUUAUAAAACGCAAACAUGGUCAAAACGAGAACCAGACCAGCUGAAGCCAUGCUUUGCAAACUACUCAUUAAAUAUUAACUCGCAGCCUGAUGAUCAAAAUAGACUUGAAGAUGUUCUUGUAGCUGAUGGACUUCAUAAAAGAGUUAUCACUAUUAAUGGGGACAUGCCUGGAGAACCAAUUGUAGUUCCUUACAUGUCAGAAGUCUGGAUUCGAGUACGGAAUUCCGUGCUUCUUGAUUCUACGACAAUCCAUGUUCAUGGAAUUGAUAAGCACGGAAUGUGGUUUAUGGAUGGUGUUGCGUUUGUUCAGCAAUGUCCGAUUCAAAGCACAAAUGGGUUUGAAUAUCGAUUUAUUGCGGAUAACAAGGGAACUCAUUGGUAUCACGGACAUCUACAAGUUGAUAGAGGAGACGGAAUCGCCGGAGGAUUCGUCGUCAUCGAUCCAAAAGAUCGCAGUGUUCCAACUCUUGCAGGAAAUCGAAUAACUCCUGACGUCGAAUAUUUCAUUCUUCUUCAAGACUGGGCCAUAAAAUCAGGAGAAGAGUCCUGGAUGCAACUCGAAGAUAAGACGAUGAAAUGGUUCUACGGCUAUGACAACUUUGAUAAAUGUUGGGAACCUACUCGAACAACUGAUGGUGGAAACGUUGGUGGAGCUAUUCCGCUUUCAUCUAUCCUUAUCAAUAAUAAGGGAUGGUAUGAUCAGGAAAUUGUUAAGAGUCAACCAUUCAAUUUGCCACUUGAGAGGUUCCUUGUGAAGCCUAAUCAAAAUGUUCUCUUCCGAAUCGUUAAUGGCGGUGUCGCUCAAGAACUAAUGUUCUACUUCGAAGAUCACGAGAUGGUCGUUGUUGCUGCUGAUGGAGACGAAGUAGUACCGAUGAAAGUUGAUAAACUCAUAGUGUUCCCUGGAGAACGUUACGAUGUUCUCAUCAGGACACUCGACAAGCCGACAAAGAAAAGCUAUAAAAUGCAAGUAGAAACUGUGCAGAAGUAUUUCUUCGAUUGGAAUAUCAUUCCGAUUGAUUAUGGAUUUGGAUUCCUCGAGUACGAAGGAGAAAAUCUGCCGGAAGAUGUUUCAACACCAAAUCUAAUGCAUCCUGAUUGUACCGCCAACAAAAAAUGUUUGGUUUUGAACUGCCCGUUUGAGGAAUGGAAAGCCCAACCAAAUUUCACUUGCGUCGCUUAUGAUAAAUUACAAAAUCCGAAAGUUGAUGAAAUUGACAAGGAAAUUCUUCAAGAUACCCCAUUUACUGAAAAUUACGAAGAAUAUUUCAUCAAUAUGCAUCAUGACUCUCAGAUGGAUCAAUUCAUGUUCCAAUUUCCUUGGGGAAUUCCUUACUACCAUGAAAACGAUAUGGAUAGUAUUUCAACGGAUUGUUCUAAUACGCUUUGUGCAAAUGACACUUCAUCGGACAAUGAUAAUCGGUGUCGAUGUUUCUACCAUUUGAAGCACAAACUGAAUAAUACAGUACAGAUAACCAUCUACAAUAUGGGACUUGGUGGUUUCUUGGGAUCAGGAUAUGCUCAUCCAUUCCAUAUGCAUGGUCACCAUUUCUAUGUCAUGAAAGUUGGUUGGCCCAAGUAUAAUUCGACUGGGUUUAUCAAUGAAUUGAACUCGGACAUUAACUGCGAUGGUCCUUACAAGAGUUGUAAUGGUAGAAAAUGGAAGAACACGAAUUGGCUGAAUGGUGCAGUAGAAGGAAUGAAUACCAAAAACCCAACUAAGCGAGACACGGUUACGAUUCCGGUCGGUGGUUAUAUCACCAUUCGAUUCAAGGCAACAAAUCCAGGAUGGUGGUUCGCACAUUGUCAUCUAGAGCUUCAUUUAAUGGGUGGAACGGGAUACGCAUAUUCAGUUGGUGAUCACAACCAAAUAUACAUGCCUCCUGACAACUUCCCCAAAGACUGCGGAAUCUACAAAGUUGAUAAGCUCCCUGAAUUGCGACUUCCAACAGAGGGCAGCAGCUCCUUGACAUCAAUUCUCAUGGCAAUUACAUCGGUGUUCAUUAUGUUAAUGAUUCACUAA